GGAUGAAGCCGAUCAAUACAAGGCCCGUCCGACGCUCAUCUGUGGCUGGAAAAUGUGCUGAUAGUCAGUGAAUUCCUUUCUACUUGUAGUCGUAAGAUUUUUUUUUAAUAUUUAGCUGAGUGUAUCAUUACGUGAUUGUGAUCGAUUGAAGUGCGGUUAAAAUUAAUUUUUUCGAUGAAAUAUUUUUGUACGUGUAGCAUGGUUACUAUUUGACACAACAGCUAUAAGAACAGUGAAGAUCAGGAACCUCGAAGGAAAUUAUUGAAUUUAGAAACACUUCCUUUUCAAUACCUGUGCCCGAAAAGGGGGCCAACUGCUGAAAGGGAUGUUCACAAUUCCGAUUUCGACCUAUUGGUACUUAUGGGCGGCUGUAUUAGCAGGACUUGUAAUAACAGGUGUGUGCGCUCGUUGGUUUUGGAACCAUUAUGCAAACAGUUUAAUUGAAGAUGGGUCUCCAUCAGACAGAACGUCAGCGGCUUCCUGUUACCUACCUCCACAUUACAGCCGAUGCAGUUCGUUCUUUCAAGCUCUACCACCGCCUUACAAUGAGGUGACAUCAAAGCCAGAUCUCUAUCCAUUGGUGAUUGGCUAUGACGAAGGCAUAGGCAAAAGUACUUCAGGCUUGGUGAUGCGUUACUUUCGCUCGUUGUCUCACGCGAGUACAUUAGAUUCCCUGAGCUCAAGUUUUAUGUGCAAUGUGGUGAACGAGGCUAACACCAUUAUCCCACCACCAUACUCCUGUAAUAAUAGCAUAGAUGAAUUGUCGACUGUUGAAUGCAGCCGAGGUCCAAACUUGAACGGUGGCUCUAUCAUUUCAUUAGCAAACCAUAGGACAGCUUCUGAUAUCUCUAGUCUGGCAGCUCAAUCCCCUUGCUCACCUCCCAGAGCAACUACUCCCACCAUAGAGGUGAGGGAAUUAUUGGAUAAGAUCCACCAGCUCCCUGUCCAGUUUCCACACGAGUCAAACGUCAACGUUUUAGCAACGCAAAAUCAACCACAAAUGCUUGAUAGUUUGAGCUCGUUUGAAGUCUUAACACGGCCUCUAAGUCCUGGGGAAUUAGUCGCAUUUAGGCCCAGAAGAGCUCGAGGGAAAAUGUAUAUGCCUCUUGGCCUACCAACUUCAAGAAGUAAGUCAAAAAGGUGGCUUUCUCGAUCAGCGCCCACAACACCUUGCGGCACCGCACCUCCGCUGCUAUUACCUGGGCAGAACAGGAGACCGUCCCAAGUUGAGAAUAAAAGUAUAGACUAUCAGGGCGUCCCCUUGCUUUCCGAACAGGACGAAGAACCACAGCAAGUUUGAUAGGAUGAGAAUUUGGUGUCUGAGAAUAAGUAAUAUAACUUUUUUACCAAACAAAAUCUUGGUAACACAGGUUCUCAUUGAACAAUAAGAACUUUCGGUCCUUGUUUGAAGAGUGGGGAUAUGUGACACAUUUUAACACACUAAUUAGUAAGUUUCAAAUUAUACAUUACACUCCGCAGUGGCAAAAGUAUAUCAAUAUGUAUGCAUUACCUCUUUAAACAAAUCUUCAAAGCUUCAAAUGUUGAUGCUCAAGAUAGCUUUGAAUAUUAUAGAACCUGCUGCAUUAACUUUCAUAAACCUUAUAUAGGUAGAUAUAUAAACAAGGGAAAUAAUUUGAGCAAUCUUCUCAACUAGAUCAAUUCCAAUAGACGUGCAUUCAUAACAAAAUUAUUGCAUGUUAUGAAACAUUGAGUUCUCAGAUUGCGUGAAAGUUGUUCGGCAUUAUAAUACUUAAAUAAUUACAUCUUGUGAUGGAAUAUCAUUACGAAAAAAGAUAUGAAAUGAAAUUCCACACACUGACCGAUCAUAUGAUCUAAAUUGAGAGAUUUAUUAAUACACAAAAUUUUCCCAAGCAACGAUUACAGCAACCUUUAUCUGACCUAUAUCUUAUAGGUAAAUACGUACAAUAAUAUAUUCAAACAUUACAUAAAUGAUUACUCAUUUUUUAAACAGGAUGAGUGGAAUAAUCCAUAAAUAAUGAUUUUGCAAAGUACUACAUUCUGAACUAAUUUAUAGAAAUAAUACGUCCAUUCUGGCCUUCCACUGUAGUGAAUUAAUAAUCACACAAAAGACAAAAGAAAACUAAAACCAACAAUUCCAAGACAAUAUGCAGAAAAUUUAUGGAAAAAAGACAGUAAUGAACAAAUAUUGCAUGUAUAGGAUGUGCCUGCAACAGAAUCCUUGCAUAACAGAAUAAGCUCAGAUGAAAUUUCAGGCCAGAUAAUAACAUCCUGCGUGUUGAAUUGAAAGUGUCCUGAUAUUCAUUCGGAAAAGCAAUUAAACGUUAUAGAGCCAGUUCUGAACUCAUUGCUAUACUACAGUAACUCAUCAACCAAAAUAAUCUGAAAUGUAUUUAGGAAAGCUAUGAAAAAUAUUUAAAAAAAUAUUCACAAGGCCUGACAAUUCCACAUGACAAUUGUAAGUAAUUUAUGUAUGCACUCUGUAGUUACAUGUAUUUUUUUAUGAAGUCUAAUGUGAAUAAAUACGAACUCUUGUGGCAGGAGAAAAU